UACAUAAAGACGGAGAUUAAGGGAAAUUUGUUCUAAGCAGUCUCGCUGACCCGUAGAGCACUCACGUCAGCGUCAGUCAUCGGACAGAGAGAGACACACACAUACACACCAACUCUUGAGAGGCACCAGCCAUACCAGCCGCCAGACAGCCACCGCCUCUCACCCCACCACUGUCCCCCUAUCGAUGACUGUCCCCCUGUCGAUGACGUCACUCUCCAGACCGAAUGGCCGCAGCAGACGGCGGGCGGCACCAAUCGACACAGAGUAGCGGUCGGCGAGCGGAUGAGACCGAUCGGCAGCAGGUGCCUCGGUCGUGUACAGCUCGACGCGGCCAUUUCCCACCCGCAGAUGGGCAGCGACGGUCUCGCCGGAUCGCCAGCCGCUCACAAUCACACGACGAUGAUCGCCCGCAUUGGCAGCAUUCAGAUUGCCCCAGUCGUCGCGAUUGUCGGCAGCGAUGCCCUGACCCUCGAUGAUGCCAUCGGUCCUCAGCAGUCGGCCAUACCGAGGGUCGUCACGGCCGAGGUGUGCAGACAGCAUUCUCCUCUUGCCCACCCCCUGUCCAUCCGACCACCAGGGGAGCAGCCUUUCCAGCACGAAUGCCGAGAAUGAGCGGAAGAACAGGGAGCCGCAGCGGAUGACGGGAUCGGUCCGCUUGUAGCCGUCAGCAUAGCGAUGGCCGCCCGGCAGCUCACCCAAUGGCACCACACGAAAGGUCACACUGGCGACCCGAUAGGCCCCGCGGUCGGCUUGCUGCAGCGCCAGGCUGGUCCCGCUGUAUGUGAGCAUGUGGCCGAACAGCCGAUAGAUGGCCAUGGCUAAGGGCAGCUGGUGGAAGGCCGUCCUGCUGGGAAGGUGGGCUGUCAGCCACCAAGCCGACAGCACCAGGGGCAGCCCAUUGGCAGGCGUCAGCCGAUAGAUGGCGGCCAGCCGGAUGAACCGCCCCAUCGCAAGGCCACUCGUUGCUGCCCUGCUCCAGCACAUAGGCCGCCCGCAGCACAUAGCUGAAUGGGAGAGGGGCGGUGCGGUCGAUGUCGAUGAGGCCGGUGAGGGAGUGGCGGC